UAAUCCAACACAUUUUCCUGAUUCAAGAAGGGUGGGGCGCAGGGCGGCUGGCCCGGGCUCGAGGAGACUCUCAAGUCCGCUAGUUCCUUAGCUGAACCCGUCAGCUACCGCAGUUAAUUAAUGUCUCCGCGUGAUAUUUGCACAUUUUCGGCGCAUCCACUUUUGAUUCUUUUCAGUCUGACGCUUUUUCGAGCGUGAGAAAAACACUUGCAGCCCGACAAAAUGACAGAUCCUUCGGUUGCUGACACUCGCCGGCUGAAUUCCAAGCCUCAGGACCUGACGGACGCAUACGGUCCUCCCAGCAAUUUUCUGGAGAUAGACGUUUACGAUCCACAGAUUGUUGGAGUCGGGCGGCACCGAUACACAACUUAUGCAGUUCGGAUGCGGACCAACCUUCCCAUUUUCAAACUAAAGGACUCCUGCGUGACAAGACGAUAUAGUGACUUUGAGUGGUUAAAAAAUGAGUUGGAGAGAGACAGCAAGAUUGUAGUACCUCCUCUCCCGGGUAAAGCCCUGACGAGACAGUUGCCGUUCCGCAGCGACGAAGGGCUUUUCGAGGAGUCGUUCAUUGAGGAGCGGCGGUUGGGUUUGGAGCAGUUCAUCAACAGAAUUGCAGGUCACCCUUUGGCCCAGAAUGAGCGCUGUCUGCAUAUGUUCCUGCAGGAGGCAGAGAUUGACCGGAACUACAUUCCCGGAAAAGUGUGAGUGAAGUAAGUUUGAUAUAUUUAUAAUUCUCAAAUUAUUCAGCUGCAUGAGCUUUUUAAAGGCUAAAAGCGAUAGUUCACAAAUGGGAAACACAAAUUAUAGCUUGUAAAUAUGCUGCACAUUGUCACUGGUUUUUGCAAUUGAUAACCAGUUAGAAAAAAGGAAAACACUGCAAAUGGAAGAGCAAUCUGCAAGCAUUACAGAGGACUUGCAAUACUAUUGUUUGAACUUAUGUGAACUAUUGUUAAGUGUUGGCGUCAUAUUGUACGUCAUUAACAGAAAUCUCUCCUAACCAAUUUUGACAAACUUAACUGCACUAAUAAUUGCCAGCUGCAUGCCAAACCUGCACGCUUAUAUUUUACAGUAGAUGUUUCAUCAUGCUAAUGAUAACCCAUGCUUUUGAUGAUGGAGAAAUAUUGAAACAUGCUGCAUUUGUAUUUAACAAUGAGCAAAGUCAUCAGUCUCCUUGUUUAAACACUAUAGCAAUAAAAUGAUUUUCUAUGGCGUAUGUCAUUCAUGAGGUGUCAUUACACCACUGGAGCGUUCAUUAGUAUCACAUUUAUUGGCAACACUAGCACUACUGCAUGAUGUGACUUUGAUUCCUUAAUUUUCCCUAAUAGAAAGUCUACAGUGGAACUUUCACUACUCCAAAAGUGGGUACAAUGCAGAGUUAAAGUAUCCAAGCACUGUGAGCAUCUGAAGGAUGAACUCCACGAGUGUUUUGCUUCUUUGACUUUUUUGUGGGGCGACUACACAAGGCUACCAACGAUGGCAAAGAAGGAAUGUGUAAUGUUUCAGUAGAAUAUUAUUCUUCCAUUUAAUUGAUAAAACUUUCCAAGCAACUGCAAUUCUAAUUAGCUUCUAGUUGGAAGCAAAGUGGCAAGUGGAAAAGACCAGCAAACUAAAGCUUGACAACAACACUUCCCUCUCUUUUCAUAGGAUGAAUAGUUUUUCUGUUUUAACGUUAUUAUACUAUAAGUUGUCUUCACGCUUGUAUGAGUUUUUUUUGUUUGUUUUUUAAAAAUAUAGCAAGGAAGUAAUUCACUGUACAUUAUUUCUUAUGUCAACAUUUUGGGGGCCGUUAAAACAACUUGGAAGUCAACCCACAAACUGCUUUUGACUUUGGAGGUUCCACUGUCUAACUUAGCAUGUUUUCACACUUCUAUUACAGCGAUUUUAAUAAUUAACGGAAUUCACUGGCUACUUAGACGUAAAUUACUGUCAGCGCAUUCAGAGAGGUCAACAUUUCAUCUCGAGUCAUCGCUUACAUUUCACCAUAUUUUGUGGGUUAAUGAUAGACUUGUGCAAGCCUUUCCAAUCAGUGUGCAACUUAAAUUCAAAUGUUCAGCUACCGUCUUUUAUGUUUUUAUUUUUUGUACCUCGGAGACUUAAAAAUUACGCUAAAUGGUUGCCAACUAAAGAUGAUGGUGAUUAGUUGUUUGACACUGUCAUGUGGUUACCAAAUGUGAUUACAAUCAAUUAACAUUUUGUUCAACCUUUAACAUUGGCAAUCAAAAGAGUUUUUACAUUUAAAUAGAGCUCUAACAGUAUGUUUUAAUAACAGUCAAUGCAUUGUGUUUAAAAAGUCGAAACUAAAGGCUUAAUUUACACUGCAAGGUUCAAGUGACACAAUUCUGAACUCAUGUUAGAGUAAGUAGAAAUUUUUUUUAAUCUGAUAUCAGAUCGGAGUCAGGCCUCUUCCAAAUGUGGAUGAUGUUUCAUAUGGUGCCAAUGUGAAUGCCACCUAAAUGCAUAGAUGACUUAAUUAAAUAGAAUUAAAAAAUUUUGUCACACUGCAUCAAUUGAAUGGCCACUGUGCUGCUCCUUUUGGUGUGCCCGUCUUGGCCACCUAGGGGCAGUAUAAUACAGACAGAUGGAUGUACUGUUUAUUGAGCUUUCUCUGCAACUAACGAUUAUUUUACUAAUCAAUUCAUCCAAUGAUUAUUUUUGGGAUUAAUCAAUUGGAAUGAAAAAUCCAAUUUCAUCCCUUUGUUAAAACAGACCAUUAUUUCAAAUUGACAGUGCAGAUAAUGCGCAAACAGAAAUUGAUUAUGAUUCAGUUACUUGUUUGGUCCGUAAUGUCAGAAAAUAGGCAAAAAUGUUGAUCAUCGUUUUCCAAAGUAAAAUCAGAUGUUUGCAAAUGUCUUAUUUUGAUUAAACACAAAGGUUUGCUUUCAUGGAGGACUACAGAAAUCUGAAAUUUUUAACUUUGAGAGGCUGAAAUCCAAGGAUUUGGACAAUUUCAAGUUAAACUAGGUCCGGAAACGAUUAAUCGAUUGUCAAAAUAGUUGUCGAUUAAUUGUUGCACCUCUAGUCUCAACUCUUUUCUCAGCUCAUCAGUGUAGCACUAAUAUUAGUCAUUCUAUGCUGAAGAUACAGAAUAUAUGACUGAGUACUGUUAUAUCUUAUGUCUCCAUGUGUUGCUGCACCGUUUGUCUUUAAUCCAUUGCUUAAAGGGUUAAAACACCGCAACAUAGAGGCUGGUAAGCGUUAGCAUUAAGCUACUGGACUGAAAGGGGAAGCUAUGCGGUUGUUUUAAAUACGCACAAUGUAAUUCUUUGUUUAAUGUUUAGUUUGACAUUAAACUUCAUGCGGGAGUGUCAAUAAACAGUUUGAAGUCCCUUUUCUGUAGAAUUGUUCACUAAUUGUUUCUGCCAAACAUCUGUCUGUUGUGAAGUGAGUUGAGUUCUUUGCAAUCAUGCAAACCUCUGUCUCUCGUAUCUAUAAAAAAAAUGGUAAGGCGAGUCGCUCAAGGCACUACUGUUUAGGCUUUAAAUCAGAACUGGGCACUUGGACCUGCAGUGUCAAUCCAGCCUAAAGCACUUCUUUUGUAUGACUUAUGUUGUGUCUUCUCUCUCCACUGCCAAAACAGACGCCUGCACCUGCCCCAUUCAUUUCUACACCUUGUCAGUUUCAAGCCGGUGGAGGAAACAACACAAUUAUUUCUCCCAUGUAUAAAUCAUUUGUUGUCUGUUUGUUAUUCCUCUUACAUGUAUGUGCAUUAUUGGCGGUGAAUGAGAAUGUCUGUCCCCCCGUCUGUUGAUUAUUUUCCUCCUCAAAGUCCGUCAGACAAACGUUGGACAAGUUUGCUUACUGUUGGCUUUUGGUUGCUAGAAUGUGAUGACAACGAUAACCUCUCAAAGUGAAGCAACAUGUAGCAUCGUAAAGAAAACGCUGACUUCUGUUCUCUUCAGUCUGCAUUUGCUUUUGGACAGGAUCGUUCAUAGUUAUGUCAUCAUUACACCUCCAACUAAGUUGUCACAUCAGCAGCUAAUGCAAAUGUUAUGUUAAGCAAGCAAAUAUGAACACAUUCUCAUAGUUGGAAAUAAUCCGGAUCUCAAGUAAGGACUCUCUGCUUAUUUUCCUCCUUUUUUAAAGUUCCAUAAAGAUGAUUGUGAAGUGUAUCAAUACUGUACAUGUUAUCAUUCCAGUUCCACUCUCAGUACUGAGGAAUUUCGCUGAUAUUUUUCUGUUCAACUAUUAAAUUUCCUGCUGCCCGCUG